AUGCACAUAUUCGCAUUGAGAGCGACUAACAUGAUACAGGCUGAUACUCCAGGUGAUCAUGCCGAGAUCACGUCUGAUGAGUUCACCAUUCAAGAGGUUUUGGAUAGCGAAGCCGCGUGCAAGGGGCCACCUCGCGGCACAGACAAUUUCGAACCGAAGCCUACCAACGAGAAGAAUCAGCCAGACCUUCAAUUGACUUCCACCAAACGGCCUCACGAACACACGUCUGACGAAGACGAAAGAAGAGUUCGCGUCAAAACCAACAGCACUCCACAAAGCCCAUCAACAUCGGAUGGCCUGCUUACACCACCUUCAGCACACGUCGGCGGACGAACUCCGGAUAUUGUGCGGAUUAUGGACUUCGUUGCAGCGGUCACUGGUGAUAUUGUUGCAGCUUUGGAAGAUAAAUCUUCGACCACCAGUGACCUUACACGCAAGACCGUUUUGAGUCAGUUACAAGAAGUGCUUGGUAUGCUUGUCCCUUGUGUAACGAAGGUCCGCGACAUAAGAGUCCUUGGCAUUGAGAUCGUCGGGCUUGCAGCUUUGGUAGAUCCCUCGCUCGAGUUUGAGGGAAUAUUCACUAUCAUCUCGUCGCCCUAUGCUGGCAGUAUCCCGACGCCACUGAAACCAGAUUACACCUACUUCCUCUCUAUCGGAGAUAUAUUCUGGGAUCGCGCGACGGAGUUUUCGGCCGACAAAAACUUGAAACCUGGUAUAAAGGCCGCCCCAAGUCCACAAGGAUUAGUUUGUGCUGCUUUCCGUCUGCACAUUGUCACAAAAGUGACGCCCCGAAAUGUGUGGGCAACAGUCUGUCGACUGAGUAGCGGCAAUGGGGUGUCACGCCUGAGCAAGGAGGACCUUUGGAUGUACUUCCAUCUUCACAGUGGCGCACACGGGAGGCUGCCACGAAGCAGGAAAGCUGAUCAUAACGAUACCCCACACGCAUCGCUGACAUAUACCCCGGACCGUGAUUACGAAGGCCCCAAGGUCGGUCAACACACACACUUCUGUGCGUUAGAUGCAGUACCGCACUACCCUAGCGAGGAAAUGGUACCUGUGGGGAGUCUUGAUGAUGAUAGUCGCAACCUCUUCCUUGGGGUCAAGGCCAAUGCAAACAGUCCAAGUGGAAACCUCGUCGCACGUCCGAUAGGCAUGGACCAAGCUGCGGUGGAGCGCGGCCUUGGGCUAGUAGACCGCUCUCCUCGCAAGGCUAUGCCUCUUGCACAGGCUAAGCGGACACGUGACAAACUGUUCCAUCAACUGCGCAUUCAUCCCUCCAAAGGGCUACCCCGAGAGAUUUCGUGA